CGGGAGGGCGGAAGUGGGACGCUUGUACGGUAGCCCCGCGGGGACAAUAGAGUCUGGGAGCCGCUCUGGGUGUGACGCGGGGGCUUCGCGAUGGAGCUGAGCGAAAUGCUCUACAACAAGUCCGAGUACAUCGAGACGGCAUCUGGGAACAAAGUGAGCAGGCAAUCUGUGCUGUGUGGAAGCCAGAACAUCGUGCUCAAUGGCAAGACAAUUGUCAUGAAUGACUGCAUAAUCCGAGGGGACUUGGCCAAUGUGAGAGUUGGGCGCCACUGCGUGGUCAAAAGCCGAAGUGUCAUCCGUCCACCUUUCAAGAAAUUCAGCAAGGGGGUUGCAUUUUUCCCUCUGCACAUCGGUGACCACGUUUUCAUUGAGGAGGACUGUGUCGUCAAUGCAGCUCAGAUCGGCUCCUAUGUCCACAUAGGCAAGAACUGUGUCAUUGGUCGCCGGUGCGUCCUCAAAGACUGCUGCAAGAUCCUCGACAACACAGUCUUGCCUCCGGAAACGGUGGUCCCACCUUUUACUGUCUUUGCAGGCUGCCCAGGGCUCUUCUCUGGAGAACUUCCCGAGUGCACACAGGAGCUGAUGAUUGACGUCACCAAGAGCUACUACCAGAAGUUCCUGCCCCUCACCCAGGUCUAGCCGUCUCCACCCAGCCCUCCCGUGGCCCUCUGCAGGAGGAAGAGUGGGAAGAAGCUUCGGCGUGACUGGCGUGGCUUGUGAGAGUCCUGCAAGCAGCUGGCCCCAGGCCCGACUGGCAGACUCUGCCAGAAGCUGCCUUGUAUAACACCACCUUCCCUCUUUGGCCAUCCCCUUCAUUCCUCUGCCUCACACCCUUGCCCACGACCUGGACUGUUCUGUCCCAUAUGGGAGGCCUUUUCCCACUGACCACCAUAGCCCUGCCACUGACCAGCCUGGACUAACCCCACUGUCUACUCCUUCACUUGUGAGAGACACACAUGUUAUUUAUUUAUCCCUAGUCCAGGGCGCAUUGGAAUGUGAAAUGGGCAGAGACAAACCUCCUGAGCCUACAAGCGGGGUGUGUGUGUGUGUGUCCUGUGUGCUUCUGCUGUCAUCUUCCCCCCCCCCCAACACAUUCCUAAUUAGAGGCAAACGUGACUAGAGGCCCCUCGGCACCCUCUCCUCCAGGCAGGUGCGUAUGUAGCCUCCCUCCCUCCCUGCCACUUUCCAGUGGUAAAGGCUCUGCUCCCUGCCUGGACAAGAUGAGAAAGUGGUCAUCUAUUUGGCCCUUGAGGGCUUCCCAGCAAGUCUCCAUCUCCACUUCAUACGACUCUUGUGAAGGCCAUCGUAGAUGGGGGGCAUGCACUGUGACCCAGAUCAACAGUCUGUCCAGAUUACCCCUCCCCUUUGUCAGCCGCAUAUUUUUCAGGCAGCGAGAUAUAUGUGACUCAAGGGUGGCACUGAGGAAGUGACCUGGCACUUAGCAGAAGCAAUCCACUCUUGAACACAUGCCCUCGGCAAGCAGCUGCUUUGACCCAUUUCUUCCUAAAGGGGGCAGCUUUGUAGAGGUUGUUCCAGAGCAUAGGGCUUGAGUGCAGGCAGGAGGUGGGUGGCCUUGUGGAUUUUGCGAAGGGGGGGGUGUCCCUGCACAGGGUUAUGAUUAGGGGUAGUAUGUCUGGAAGGGCAUAGGGCAGGGACAGGGCUCCUGUUGUUCUUCGGAAGUUGCUAGAUUCCCAACUCCCACCUUGCCUGACCAGGCUGGCUGAUGGGAGUCCAGCAUCACCUGGCAGGCCACGGCUUCCCCAUGGCUGAGUCAUCUGCAAGAGAAGGUUGUGUCCUUCCCUUUAGGGUAGACACGGCUGGAAAACAUGAAGUAACCAGCUUCCAUCUGGGGAUGCAAAUGACUCCCACCCCUGCCAUAUAUGCUCUGCCGAUCCUUUGCUUCUUUCCAGAUCAAACCCCCAGUCCAUUGGUUUGGUGGCUGUGCGCAUCCCUGGUUCCCACCCAGCUGCUUCCUGAAUGUUGGAUACAGGCCCAGCAUACUGGCAGGCAGGCGGGUGGGUGUGAGUCUUCUUUUCAUCUGUUCUACGGCACGUACGGCUUUGCCACCCAUUAACUAGCCAUGGCCUCUCCAAACACAGAAGCGUGGAGGAGCUGCUGUUAACCAUCGCUUCACUGGCCGCCUUGUUUAUACUUUGCUGUCCACAAAUUAAAAUCCUCUCAACUAGG